UUGUGUACGACACGACCAGCCGUGUGUGUGUGGUGGUGGAGGCGGGUCAACACGGGUCAUCAGCCGCUCCUCUGGCUCGGGUCAUGAUGCCUGAAGUGGAUAUAUUUGUGGGGAACUACACCAUAAUUGACCAGGAUGUGUUUGAACUGUGGGUGCAGGGCUACUCGGUUGUAGAAACUGUGUCGGUGCUGCAGCAGCGGGGUGAGCUGGAGACAUGGGGUGCUACUCUGGAACUGUUGACAUCUGACACGGCCGACCACUACCGCACCUUUGGCAUGCUGGAGAAGCUCUUACUCACACCCACAAAACUAGCUGAGGAAUGGACAUUUCAAUUGGAACCAGCAGUCCAGAAGAUGGUCAUUCAAAAGUAUUACGAGUUUGAUGAUAUAGUAAUUCGGGAGAUUCUUGGUAAGAAGCUCUCUGGAAGAACACGGAAAGAUCUGGAUGACGUUGCUGAAAAGACCGGUGUUCUUCUACGGUCAUGCAGGAGACAAUUUGAUAAUGUAAAGCGGAUCUUCAAACAAGUGGAUGAGAUGACUGGCUCUGUUGUCACCAACAUUCAGUCGGUGUUUCUCCUACCGACUCGUCUUGCUAAAAAGUAUGCAGCUAUUGUCUUCAUUAUUAACAACCGUUUUGAAACAAGCAAACGCAAACUGAAUUAUCUCACCUUUGAAGAUUUCUCGAUAUGUGCAUCACUGAUGAUGUCCACUUGGACGACUGCUGGCCCUCUUGUUUCUGGCAAUAACCAUGCACCAGAUGGAAGAGAUGACACCGAUUUUGAUCGAGAUUUUCUUAUUGAACUGAGGGACUUCAAGCUUUUAUUGGACCGUGAGAAAGAGCAUCGAAAUGUGACCUUAAGUCAUCUUCGGGGGAAAAUUCCUGACCGUAUGUGUUCAGAAGUUGAAAAUAACUUCAAGGUAUAUUCACGAGGCAUCAUCAACAUUGGCUGUGCCCUUAACAACUCCCGAGAUAUGCGGGAUUUCUUUGUUGACGCUGUGGAGAGAGUGGUAGAUCCUUGUCGGCAGGCACGGUGGAAAGGGACGGAGCUAGAAAUUUUCCUCCAGGUGUAUACAGACGCUGGCAGUGCACUUGACAUUAUGGGCAGUAACAAUUCUCUACGCAUAACAUGGGAAAGAUACAUGAACACCAUGCGUGGAUGCAUAUGUCAGCUGUAUCACUCAUGACGUCACGCCCCGCCACUCCGGCUCACACGCACAGCAACUGUACAAGAAAAAGUGCCGUCUGACUGACCAUUACUGUUUAAAGGUCGCCGGCAUGCAAGUUUAGACUAGUCACAGAUCUGAAACUGGCCUCCGACCACAAGUGUAAUCUCGUAGUGUGGCCUCCUCGAGAGGAUCUGGUUAGUAUAUGAAGUCACUUUUUCUAUUACUCAUCAGAUAGUAACAUAUAUAAGCAGAAGUAAAUCAUUAUUUUUUAUAUUAUGCUAUAAAGUUAAUUAAAACUGUAUGGAAAUCCUGGUACAAGAAAGUAAGCAGCAUGGAAUAUUACAUUAUGAUGAAAAUGGGUAAUUAUUAUAUUAACUAUCAUAAUGAUAAUACAUUCGUGUGUUGUAUAAAAUCAUACAUUACAGUUGUCAUGAAAGUUUUUAUUAUAAGCAAUAUUGUUGCUAAGAGGAUGUGGCGGAAAUAUUCCUGGACAUUAGAGCUUUGCAGCAUCAUACAUUUAGACGUAUGUAAGUAAUACUCAACUUUAUAGUUAUGGAUGAAAAGUACUCUGAGGAAAAUAUAUGUUUGAAUACAGUGAUUACAAUAGAUUCCAUGGUUCAGUAAACCAUAUGUUAUGAUAAUGCACAGUGCUGCAGUGAUUUAUAUGCAGUACAAGGUGUGUGUGUACAGUACUUGUAUAUAUAUACACUGGUAUAUUAUAUAAUUAUAAUAUGGUUAAAAGUGUUUGUGCUGCCAGGGAUGAGGUGAAGGUCCUCAACAAUCUCCUAUGGGUUUAUUGCCCCAUUAGUAAGUUGUAAUGUUUCAAUGAUGACUGGGACAGUAUAUUGUAUGUUUCAUUGUGGUCUUGAAGUGGUAGUGUAAUUUGAUAGUUUGUUUGACAUAAAAUGGCUCACCAGUGUCCAGACAUGAUUUGUUAACUUGUUAAUUAUUUUGGUGGUGUUUAUGUGGUUGUGUAAAUAGUAUGUUCCUUGAUAGGACUUGGGUAUGUGAAGAUGUAGCUAGAGCAACACAAAGGAUCGGAAGCAUGUCUUCCUAACCUGGCCUUUCUUUGCUCUAGCACUUUUUAUCCUCAAUUUAUUUUACUUUCAUAGUUCUGGUAAAUCCUCCGACAUCAGUCCACAUUCAGCUUUCUUCUCUCACAUGCAUCAACAACAAAAAAAAAAUACAGUAUGUAAAUUACAUUAUAACAGGUAAAGUGCUCUUGGGGGGCCUUUAUCAAAGGAGCUAAGAGGGUUGAAAGUACUUGGUGCCUCUCUCAUUUUUCACAUGUAUAUAUAAUUUUGUUUCAAACUACAAUUUAUUUAAUCAUAAGAUUUGAAAGAAAGCCCUUGUAGCUUUCCACUAGCUGGGCGUUUGCUAAUUACUCCUCGGAGACCAACUCCUCACCACAAUUCACUUUCAUGCAUGUUUUCUUCAAACACAUUACCGUAUAGCCCAACCGAGGUAUGAACUGAGUUGAUAAGGGUCCAGAACAGUCUCAAACAUCAUCACUACUUUCAUUUUAUGCAUGGCUUUGGUUGUUUCAUCCAUGUUAUUUUGACUUGUUCACACAUGCAGAGAAUAUAUACAGUUUGGGAAGGGGUAUAAAAAAUAAUACAUAUAUAUACUGUAAACAAAAAUUCAAAUUCAGUUAUCCUAUUUAUUGUUACAUGUGAAACAAAUUUCCUAUUGUACAUAGUGUAAAAAUCUAUUGUAAAAUAAUAUGUAAAGAAAUAAUUCUUAUGUGACCCAUUUGAAUGACUUGAUCUUGUCUUACAAAAAAGGACUGUAAUGGUAUGGUUUGUUGUUUUGCAAUUUUUAAAUUUGUUACUUUUAUCUAGGUAGAGCAGUGUAUAUAGAUCAAAUGUAGCCCAUUCUGGUGACGAGACAUGUAUUCACACACUGCAGAAACCUACGCGACAGGCAUGGUCCUCGGUUAGUAUUGCAAGGCAAACAUUUCCAGUGUUUAUAUUUUCUCUACAUAGCAUUUAGCUCUUGUAUUCCAAGCAGACAAAUCUAAAUCUAUUUAGUAGGACGAGUUUAUAUAUGUAUAACAAAUACUGUCUGCAUUAGAUUUUCUGAAUCCUGUGAAGUGUUUGGGACUUUAUUUUAAAAAAGCUUUCAUUAGAGUAAUGGUGUAUGAAAUCUUUCCAACAGUGCUAAAGUAGUUUGCAUUGCAGAACAUUGUUAGAAAAUAAAUUGACAUACAGUACAUCAUUAAUAUUGCAAAUGACUUACAGCUAAUCAAAAUUGAGUUGAUGGGCUUUGGUAACAUUUUAAUCUCUCUACAGUUUAUGGUCAAUAUUAAAAACUGUAUAGUAUAUA